GUUCGUUCUCUGGGCGAUCCGUUUCAGGGGAAUUAGGCCAGCACAGCACAAAAGAUGAAUUAAGCUCUCGUGGCAGUUGUGACGUCGUCUUGUCCGUCCGUUGCACAAUGUGAAAGAUACUAGGUAUCCUCUCCACAGCCGAGCCGCCUGUCUCUCGCAGCGCCCACCUGGAAACGCCAUUCAGACAAUGUUGAGCAGCCUCUGGGGCGCAUCUGCCCCGCAGAAGCGAGGGGGAGGGCAGCAGCUGUUGCCCCAGACCAGCGACGGGGCCGAGGACUCGAGCGGGCACAAGCACGGCGAGGCGAAGCCGUUGGACCCCGGCAAGCAGAGGGACAAGAUCAAGGCCCUCGACGGCCUGCGGGGUGUCGCCUGCUUCCUGGUCUUCAACUACCACUUCCUGUGGCCAUGGACGCCACUGAUCAUGCUGGGCUACGGCGCGAGGCCGCCAUACUCCCCGGAGCCCUUCACGGAGUGGGCGUCGCUGCCCAUCGUGUGCCUCCUGCAUAGGGGCAGGCCCAUGGUGGCCAUCUUCUUUGCCAUAUCCGGCUAUGUUCUUUGCAGGCACAUGCUGAGGUCCAUGUACCAAGGACGCCUCGACGACACGCGCAAGAGGCUCGGGUCUGCAGUGUUCCGGCGCAUAUUCCGCCUCUACAUCCCGCCGUCCAUUAGCAUGUUCAUCGUGGCACUGCUCGUGCAGAUGGGAGCCUUCAAAUCCGAGGACGCCAUCUACAAGGGCAGCGACUCGAUCUGGAUCAAUGGCACCGUGACGCACGCCUUCUUCAAUCAGACAUGCAUGACCAACGACACGAUCGCGGUAAUGGGCACCGAGGGGGUGGCUGGUGCAUUGGGCCUGCAGACCCCGGACUACCUGAACCAUACGAUUCACUGGAAUGAUACGCUGUGUCUAAACUCCACGUCGACAUUGUACGGCGCUGCCGCCAUUUACAGCCCCGAGAAUCAGAUCGAGGUCAAGAAGCCCAAGAGAAUGCUCAACGGCACCCUGGGGUUCAACGAUACCAUGCGCUUCAACGACACUGAAAGCUUCAACGUCAACGAGACCGAGGACAACAGCUGGAGGGACAAGGGCACCCUGCGUGGACUGUACAGCUACCUGGGGUACCACGCGGACGGCUCUCAGCUCGAGGUGCCCUACCUCAACUCCAGCUUCGAUUUCGGGCUCAACACCACCAACACUACGCAGAACUUUACGUGGAUGCAGCUGGGCGGCAUGUGGGAGGAGCAUCCGAUUAUCCACCCUCACAUCUUCAAGGCCCUCGCCAACUUUACGGUGGUGUACUCGGAAUGGGCAAAUCCCUUCAACUUUAACCAUUACCACCCGCGAUACGACCCGCACACAUACACCAUACCGAUGGAACUCCGCGGCUCGAUGGUGCUCUACACCUUCCUGCUGGGCACGGCGGCACUCAAGGCGAAGUGGAGGCUGGGCACGGCAGUGGGUCUCUCCCUCUACGCCUUGACUCUGGGACGGUGGGAUAUCGGCACGUUUGUUGGCGGCAUGAUUCUCUCCGAGAUCGACGUGCUCAGCACCUCGGACCCGAGCGAGGUAGGACCGGACGACCGAGCCCUCCUGUUGGCCCUGGGCGGUGGGAAAGGCGGUGCCAGGGCGCAGCCGAUGUCGCCGCUCAAGGCGAGGGCCCUUCGCUGGCUUGUCAUCUUCGUCUCGCUAUGGCUCCUCUCGUACCCGGACGCCGCCGCCGAGUACACGCCCGGGUUCAAGCUGCUUUCCUGGCUGGCGCCUCGCUACUACCACCCGAUGUCCAAGUGGAUGUACUACCAGGCCAUCGGGGCGCUGCUGCUUAUCCCUUGCGUGCUCCGCAGCCCGACCCUGCGCAACCUGCUCGAGGGCUCGGUGGCGCAGUACCUGGGAAAGGUCAGCUUCUCAUUCUACCUGGUCCACGGGCCGGUCCUCCACAGUCUCGGUUUCUGGGUCAUGCCGCGGCUGUUCGAGCUGUUCGGCAGGCCGGUUGGGUUUGUUAUGGGGUGGUUCAUGCUCUUGAGCGCCACGCUGAAGCUGGUGUCUUACUGGCAAGUUAUCGAUAAUUGGAGCGUCACUGUAGGGAGAAGGGUGGAAGCGAGGUUGGUUCGCUCGUGAAGGGAUCACCUGUUCCAAAGCAUUCGCAUACGUGCAUUUUCAGGGCAAGAGGUUUUUCGACCGGUGACAUAGUCCACGAGUGCUAUAUUUUAGACAAGAGCAUAAAAGGCAAUAAGUGAUUGCCUCUGAUGGGUGUCGGAGCUGGGUAUCAGGAGUUUAUGGUGGUUCAUGAUCUUUCGGCUUCAUAUGGCGUCGGCGGGCAUCUUUUGGAGGUGAAUAUCCGGGAAUUGUGCACCUGCGGUAGUUAUCCACAGUGCGUACAUACAUACGUGGUGAGUAUAUAGAUAGAUACAUGGAUUAUAGACAUUUGCUUCAAUGAUGUGUUGUAGAAGGCCCCCACGGUGCCACGAUCCCGCG